AUGUCCUGGCUUCGGGGAGGGGCGCAGGAGUGGAACAACCAGUUCAGGGACACUUGGAACCGGGCGGCCAACUCUGUCCAACGAUUUGCUGAACAGGCAGAGCUGCAGCACCUUGGAGAGCAAUUUCUGGCACAAGCGCAAACCUUGGCUGAGCAGGGUGAGGCAGCUCUAAGCAACGUUGCAGACAAGGUUACUGGUGGUGUGUCCUCGCUUGGCUUGACCUCCGAGGGUCUGACAAACGGGUCCCGAGAAGAGCUUGUCCACAGGUUCGUAAGGGAAGCCAAGCAGCUGGAACCCCCGGGUGCAAUCCGCUUGCUGGUGGCCGAUGUGGCUCAGGUCCUCCGGGCCUGGCAGGCCCGUCUGAAGCGCCCUGAGCGUGCGGAUAGUGACACACCAGGCAGGGCUGCCGGAAGGGCUUCUGAAGCCUUGCAGGCUUUGCUUCAGAGUCAAGCGCUACAUAUUGCCCUGACUGCUUUGACGCGAUCCAGAGCUGGUCGGGCUGUACUGCGAGCAGCGGCCGAAGCAGAAGCCGAAGGGUCCCUCGGGAGCCAUGGGAGCAGGCCGAUGCUGGAGGGAGAGGCAGGCGUCUGCCUGAAGGAGAUCUUGGCAUGUGCGUGUGCUGUGCCGGCUCCACUGGUCAAGCAGUUGCUCAUGUUGCUGUCCGAUGCAGCGGAUGAAAAGUCUCAGGCGAAGAGGCCUGGUGCCGAAGCUGUCAUGGACUCUGCAACACAGGACUUGCAGUGGAUCCUGGCCCUGCUGUCGGCGUCUCUGCUUCAUGCGGAAGAGGUGGCCGCUGAUGAUGCCGGUGAACUGCGUCGUUCGCUCGAUGUCGUCGGGUCCGCCAGCGCCGCCUCCGCUGAGCUGCCGCCACUCAACAGCGAGGUUUGGGCUUCCUGGCCUGGAGACGGGCGCUGGUUCCGGGCCAAAGUGGUCGGACAUGCUGGCAGUCGGGUAGACAUUGCAUGGCUUCGGCGAGGCAGUGAAGGAGUGGGCAAGGAAGACGAAUAUCUCUGCUUCACGGGAAGUGAUGAGCUGCAAUUCACGCGACUAACAGCCACGGCUGUCACCCUGGCUGCCAACCGGCCAGAGCGUGCAGGCGAAGGGAAGGUGCCUCGCUGGUUGGAGCAGCUGGGCCGAGCGGAGGAGUGCAGCCGGCAUUUUCGCAAUUUACGAAAAGUGUGCAACCAGCUGUCCCAGAGCAGCACUCCUCGCCGAGACCCUUUGGAGGGAAUGGCGCAGCAACUCGCGGCCAUGAGGAUGGAAAGUGAAGCCCGCAUGACCGCUCUGUCCAGUGCUGCUGAAGCACGGGCCACUGCCGGUGGUGGUCUCAACCAACAGCUUGCAAGCAGCUCCGAAGGCUUUCAGGCAGAGAUUGCCUCCAUGCAGCAAGAGCAGCAGGCGCUCGAGGCACGCUUGAAAGAGCUCCGGAAGCAGCGAGAGGAUCUGGCAAACCAGUUGAAGGUGGUGGAUGAACAGAUUGACGUGGCCUUGGCAGCACAGCUCGCCUCUGCGGAACGCGAGCGCCAGGUAAAGGCCAGUGCACAGCGCGUGGCGGGAGAGCUACAGAGAGAGCUCUCUAUCGAGGAGGUGGAAGCCCGCAAGGUGGGUGACAGACAGCGACUGCUCCUCGAGGCCGGCGCGGCCUCGCGUGACAUCGAGGAACUGCUGGCAACCCGGGCAGAAGCAACUGCGGCACGAUUUGCAGCUCAUGAUUACCUGGCCGAGCAGCAGCCCAAAGCGGCGGAGAUGUGCCUGCAGUCCGAGAAGGAGCGAGGUCGUGCGCUGGAGGAAUUGCUUGCUGGCUGGCACACAGAAGUCUGGGGACCGGAGGCGAAGGAGCUGGCGAAAGACACGCAGAUGGUCAUGAAGCUCAAGUCGCUGCAUGCGCGAGCGGCAGCCGUAUUGCACCAGGCAUGGAAAGAAACCGUGCAGCUGGCAGCAGAAAGUCUCGGUGACGGCUCGGCCUUGGGCGAAGCAUCUCAGGACAUCAGCCGCGCCGCGGAACGGUACAAGGAGCUUCAGAAGGAGGUGAAGAGCAACGUGGACCGGAUGGCAUCAUGGGUCGAGGCCGAGGAAGGCGAGCGCAGCGAGCGCGGCGAAAGGACGAGCCAGCCGGCCGCAUCGUCACAGGUGUCCACGCAAGAGGGUCCAGAAGCUCCCGUCGCACCAGCUCAGCAACCCGAGCCUGUCCAGCUCAGCAGCGGCGUUGCCGAAGUGACAUCUGCGCAAGGUGUGGACGAAGGCCUCGAGGAUGCGGAGUGA